AUGGCCACCACGCCCGGCAAACCACGCACGUCAGGUAUACCCGCGCGCUCGGCGAUCCCCACGCCCGGACGCGCGCGUGCAGCGUCGGGCAGCGCGCCGUCUGCGCCGUCGAUGCCGCCGAUGCCGGACAUGAGCACGUUCGAGGCGGCCGUGCGACACAACGACCCGGCCUCGCACCGCACGACGCCGCACUCCGUCUACAGCACGCUCAGCCCUGAAAGCGUCGCGCGUUCGGGCCGGCGAAGCGUAGCGUCCAACGCCUCAUCGUCCUCUGCCACGCCCGCAUCUGCGCCCAUACCCGCGCCCAGAUAUUCUACGCCUACGGUGUCUACUACCAGGAGAUCGCAGAGCAGACAGAGCGAUGUGUUCGCAAGGAGUAGCUCGCGUGCCGGCGCUGGUGGGCCGUUUGAGCCGGAGGUUGGCGAUGGGGUUAGGCUGGAGAGUCAUGGGUUCGAGGGCGUGUUGAGGUUUGUGGGCGAGAUUGAUGGUAAACCGGGGCUUUGGGCUGGGGUCGAGCUCAGUGGAGGGUUCGCGGGGAAGGGCAAGAAUGAUGGGAGUGUGAACGGAGUGUAUUACUUCCAUUGUCCGCCCGCAUGCGGUGUAUUCGCCAAAUACGACAAGCUCUCUCCCCCAACCGUAGGACCAGGCGCAUACUCGCGUCCAUCAUCCGUAGCAUCCUCCCGCGGAGGCCGUCAGACGCCAUCCUUCUCAUUAUCCCAAUCAACUUCUGGACGCGUCACGCCGUCAAGUUCAGCGGGAUUCUCUUCGGGGCGCGUAACGCCCGCCAGUCGGAUCGGACAACGCACACCGAGUGCGAGGACGAGGACAAAGACUGCGCCGGUGGAUAAUAGUCUCAGUACAUCCUCGAUCGGUACACCCGGAUUUGGACUGAACAGCAAAACCCCUCGACCGGGCAUUCCCUCCAAACCAGGCGUCGGAAUUGGUCUACCCAGCACAACACCAACUAAAUCGCGUCCAUCCUUGACAGGCCCAAAUGGCAAACGCAUACCAAGCGCCAUCGCCAUGCCUCCACCCGCCUCGCCCGCGUCAGCCGCAAGUCGCACCUACACACCUCUCUCCGCAUACGAUCGUGACGAAGAGGAUCAUACGGUCGUACGCAGACUCGGAGGAGCAGGACAGAAUACGGAUAUAGCGGAGAACAACAAAGCCAUUCAAGAUCGUAUCGCGGCGUUGACGAAUGGCCAGAUCUUACCGCCCGUACGAUCAUCGUCCCGCGCAUCGAUAGCAGCGGACGAGUCCGAGGUGUUAAUGUCGUCGCAGACACAGUCGAGCUUCCCAUCCGCGACAUCCCAAUCAUUCUCGAUCUCCAGCCAAACGCACAAUCAAGCAGAAAUGGACGCGCUCGUAGCAGACAACGCACGCUUACGCGGUCUCCUAUCCUCCGCGCAGAGCGAAGAAGAGCAACACGCGCGCCGCGCAGACGAGCUACGCGCCGACCGCGACGCAGCGGCCGAACGCGCCCGCGCAAUGGAGCGCGAGCUGGCGGAACUACGCGAACGCGUCGAGGAAGAGCGCGCCGGCCGCGACGCGCUCGUCCCGCGAGAGGACGCCGAGCGCGCGAUGAAAGAGGCGGAAGAGGCCAAGCGCGAGGCCGAAGCCGUACGCGCGCAACUCGACGCGUCGCAGAAAGAGGCCGAAGACGCGCGUCUGGCGGCCGAGGCGGCCCGCAGCGCCGCCGAAGAGCAAGGCGCGCGGGCGUCUGAACUCGAUACGCGUGCGGCUGAGCUCGAAGCGCGUGAGAGGGACGCUGCGGCGCGCGCACAAGGGCUCGAAGACCUUAAGAACGAGUUGGAGAGCGAAGUCGACGCGUUGCGCGCUGCAGGCCAAGAAACGAUCGCGUUGUACGAAGAACGACUGUCCGAAGCCGAACAGCGCCGAUACGAGCUCGAAGACGCAUUGGCAUCAGCGCGGCGCCUAUCACUCGCCGCGGCCGAACCCGCUUCGCCCGGCACACGCGCGCGCGCAGCGGCGAGUGCGGCGGAGAUCGAGCGCGACGAGCUGAAAGACACUGUCGCGCAUUUGCAGCGCAAGUUGGCUGGGGCUGAGGACGCGCUUGAGGAGGCGAGGGCGGGUGCUGAGAGGGACGAGGGCGCGUAUAGGGAGAGGCAGGGGAGGUGGAGGGAGAAGGAAGAGGGGUGGCGCCGUGAACGCGAGGAGGCUGGGCGCGAGCUUGAGCGGAUUCGGCGCGAAGCCGACGCGGCGAAGGCGAGGGUCGAAGAGGUUGAGGAGGCAUUCAGGGAGGGCACAGUCGCGUUGGAGAAUGCUCGCGCCGAGAUCGAGGGCUUGAGAGCGGAGCUGGCUGAUCUCGAGAGUGCGCGGGGUCAUGCGGGCCAGGGAGAGGGCGAGGCGGAGAGCCUGAGGGAGAAGGUCAAGGCGCUUACGGCUGAACUCGACGGAGUAAGGAAGAAGGCGAAUCGCGAUGUGCCUGUUGGUGGGUCGGAGAGUGGGCACGGACAUCGUGAUUCGAGGAGUGAGGGGAUGGGCAAGGAGCUUGCAGGCCUCAAGCAUAUCGUGUCGGAGCAGCAGAAGGAGCUCGCGAGUCUCGCACAGGCAAACAAGGUGCUCGAGAGCGAGAACCGGCUGUUGCUCAGCGAGACAGAGCAACUGCGCGAAGAGAUGCGUGCACUCGAGGACAGUGUCGAGCGCAGUAUCGCCCGCGAAGAGGCUGCGCUUGCCAGUCCCGCACCCGGGGACGACAGCGCACUCGCACAACAGGUCAAGGAUAUGCGCGUAAGGCACGAGGCCGAACUCGAAGCGUUGCGCAAGCGCCAGUCCGAAGCCGAGAUGAAAGCUGCGCGUACGAUACAUGACCUGAACAAGGAGAUUGGCGAGCUCGAAGCACUCGUAGAGAGCAAGAUAUACCGCGAGGACGAGCUCGAACAAGAAGUCGAGCGCUGGCGCGCCAAAGCCGCUCGCAAGUCCUCGCGCGGUGGCGCGCCUCCACCCCCUCCCGCGGAAGACGCGCGUCGUGGCUCAAUCGCGUCGGUGUCUGCUAGUACGAACCCGAGGGCUUCGAUCGCAAGCAGCAUUGGCGGAUCAUCUGUCAAUGGACAUGGCGUCGAGCCUGGCGUGGAAGUCUGCGAGAUCUGCGAGCAGCCAGGGCACGAUAUCUUCACGUGCGAGGCGCUCAAGGGUUCAGGUGCGCCUGUUGGGGCGCCGCCGGCUGGAGGAGCAGAGGUGCCGGACGUGUUUUGCGAGGACUGCGAGGGGUACGGGCAUACAGCGGCCGAGUGCCCGCACUCGCUUGACGUAUUCUGA